AUGAUUGAAGAAUGCUUGAGCAUGGUCAUCUUGCUUUGUGGCUCUUUUGCUCCUUCUUUACUUUCAUUUGUUUAUAUAGGGUUUACCAUAGGAAUUUGGCUUACUUUAAUGUUUUUCUAUCAGGUUCCAAGAUUUUUAUAUCAAACUUUGACAGCUGUUAGCACUUUGUUUUUGCUAUGGAAAAUAGUUGUGCUUAUAUUAUUUUACUUUAAUCAAUUUCCUGAUUUUUUCUCAGAUUAUGAUUGGCUUUUGAAAUAUUUAGGAAUUCACCUGAGCAGAAAUAAAUUUGAAUUUAAGUCAUCUUUGACGUUUUUGCCUGAUAUUUGUACGUUUAUUAUUGGCAUUAUUGGAAUCUUUUAUGCAAAAAGAUCAAGAAUUAAGCCUUCUGAGCAUAAACACGUAAAAAGAGCAAGGCUUUUUACGCUUUUUUUAUUGCUUUGCUGCAAUUGUGUAAUAAACUUUUCAAUAGUCAAUUUAUUUUAUUUGUUUGUUAUAUUUUAUUGGGCGAUCUCAUGGAGUUUAAGAUGCUGAAAUGGCUAUAGAAUUGGCUGUAGAAUAGUUUGCUUUAUAACCAUACUUCAAGUAUUAUUUUCGGCUCUAUAUUAUAUGUUAUGACAAGAUUAUGUAUCAGAAAGUGACGUUCUAACAUAUGGGAUUAUUUUAAAAUCAAUGAGGGGCUUGCCAGACUAUAUAAUUGUCUUUUUUAUGCAUGGAUUUUCACUUUCAAUUGGGAGAAAAAUCCCCUUGUUAAGUUUUUUUGAAAAUUAUUAUACAUUUAUUUCUAAAUAUAAAAAUAUACAGAUUUAAAAAAAAUUGUAUUUUUUGAGUGCAAGCUCUUAAAAAGUUUAAUAGAACUAGUUCGAGAUUUCUUUAUAUAAUUUUUACUUAUAAAUAAAAAUAGAAAAAUUUAUAUAAAACAAUUUUUUUGCUCGCUUACAGAAGGAUUAAAUUGACGAGUUAUGAAAGAACUCAAAGUAUAUAUGAAAAAACUUAAAACUGAUUCUAUUGAAGAUGAAAAUCUUGAAGAAAGCAAAUCUAUCGAAGAAAUCAUUGUAAUUAAUACAGAAAUGCCAAGAAAAGCUUUUUGGAAAAGCUCAAAAAUACCUGAGUUUAUCAGAUAUUUUUUUUCUGUUUCUGUAGUCUACUUUUUUGCUAGGGUUUUGAUCUUUUCAUGGAUUAUCCGCUAUCGGAGCUUUGUAGGGAUCUUGCUGAUGCUGUGGCUUUUUUACUCGUUUUUAGAUUAUGAUUUAAAAAGGAUUUUGCAAGUGUCUAAAUAUUCUUUGUUUCCUAUCCUUAUUUUGAAUUUCUUUGGGUUUUAUAUUAUAAAUUUAUUCCAAAUUGAUGUAUCAGAAGUAUUUGGCAUAUGCCUAUUAAAAAUCCCGCCUUUGGAAAUUGCUUUUCAGCUGCUAACCAUAUUAUUAUUUUUAUACCUAAAUAAUAUUCUACAGAGGAAAAAAAGAGAUAAGCACUUGAAAGAUAAAGAUAAAUCAGUUGUAGGACUUUUUGUAAGAAUAAUAGUUGAAAACGCUGAUAAACUUUCCUUAUGCGUUCUCUUUGUGGUUGGUCUCUCAGAUAUCAAUUUGCUUCAUACUGGAUUUAUGAUUAUCUGUUUAAUAUUUAUGCUUAACACAAAGCUCGCAAAAAAUCAUUGGACAUCUUUGGUAAUUUACACAAUGUUUUUACUAUUAUUUCGGUAUAUAUGAAUUCUUGCUUUUCCAUUGAAAUUUACAGAUUAUAUUCCUAGAAACUAUUUAAGGCUGGUAGGCAUGCCAGCUAAUCGUUCUGAAUUAACACUCAAAAAUUCAAUAAUUCCUUAUGACUAUCUUGUAUGGAUUCUUUUAGUUUCUGCGUCUAUGCAGCUCAAAGCGUAUCGGUCGACUACUUUUUCAAUUCUUUUUCAACAAUUUAACAGAGUCAAUGUAUCUGUGCAGCAUCCUCUUUUAGUAAAAGUAUUGGUGCUUAUAUAUGAGUGAUAUUUUUUAACUGAAGUUUGGGUGCUUUACUCUGUAAUAAUGAUCACCGUUAUGGUAUCUUCACUAAAUUUGCUUAAUUUUAUUAGGCUGCUUAUAGUUGCAUCUUUUAUGAUUAUUCACUUAAGAAGUCCUUUGGAGCUCAAGGUUGGAAAAAAUUAUUUUCUUGUAAGAAAAAUAUGAUUUAUAUUAGAAUAUAUCAGUGGCAUAAUACUGGUUAUUAGAUAUUUGUAUCAAUUUUUGCCAUUUUUUUAUGAUGUAAAGCAGUAUCCUUUGUUUGGCUUAGAAGUGUUUAGUUCUAGCACUUUAUAUGGGAGCAUGGUGUCUGAUUGUAUUCUGCUUAUAGUGACUGUGCUUGGGGCAAAAGCGUUUAAAAAAGAAGAUAAUAUAAAUUAUGGGAAUUCAGAUGGAGGGAUUUUUGAUGACAUUGGACUUUUAUCAGGCAUAAUUAAAGUGAAUUUAUCAAGAAAGCCUGAAGAAAAAUCAAUUAAAUUUUUCAAUUAUUUCGAAGAAUUUUUUCCAUUUUUUAUUUAUUUGACUAUCUCAAUAUUUUCAGUUUACUGGAGGCUAUCUAUCUCAAUGAAUAUUUAUUUGAUAUCAAUUUGCAUUUCAUGCGCUUAUCUUGGUUAUUAUUUUACAAGAGUAUCUCUAAGCUUAGAAAGAAGAAAUUUAGCAAAGGAACACAAAAUUAGAUCAUAUUGCUGAAACGUGUUAUGGUAUUUCACAUUAAUUUAUGUGGUAAUUUCAUAUGCGUGCUUUAUGAUAACAAGGCUGAUUUUCCACGAAAUUGCAUAUGAUAAUAUAAUAUGGCUGUAUUUUUUUUCUGGAUUUACAAAAAAGAGUGAUAAUAGUUUUAUAAUUUCAGAAAAUUAUGGAUAUAUUAUUAUUGCUAUUCUGCUAAUAAUAGAGAGACAUUGUUUGGAGUAUAUGAUGAAUAGGAGAAUUCUGAAUAAAGAAAUCAGUGCUUUUGAAAAAAUAAAAAUAUUGAUAAAAUUUUUGAACUUCAUGAGAGUUUUUGCUGAAUCUAUGAUACCUUUAUUUAUGCUUUUAAUGGCAUUUUCCAAGCUUACUUUUGUAGGAUUGACUUAUGUAGUAUCAGUCUUUGUUUCAAUCUAUAUAAAAUCACCUUAUUAUAGGACACUAUUUUUGUAUAUUGUUAUAAUUUUUAUGUGUAUCACACAAUAUACACUGAUUUUGAGCAAUAUUCAAAAAGGUAAUUCGCCUCAUAAAAUGCCUCAUGUAACCUAUAAGCCUUUUGAUACUCCUUGAUACAAUAAUAUUGACUGAAGAACCAAAGAUUAUGCAACAUUUUUGAAUCUUGGGACCUCUAUUUCUCAGUUACACAGCAUUUUUUAUGAUUUAUUGACGUUUUUAUUUAUUUUAGGCUAUUAUACAUUUUUAUCGACCAGAGAAAAUAUACAUAAAAUGACCAGUGACGAGCGUUCUGUCCUCCUUGAGGUGUUGUAGGUGUCCGAUAGAGGUAGGACGACUUAUCUGAAUAAGCUGUUCUUAGUUUGUCCUGAAUUGUUUAAGCGGUCGAGCUUUUCCUUUGGUUAUUAGCCAGGGGAAAUGAAAGACAGACUAGGCAGAAAUCUCAAGGGCCAGAGUCUCUAAAAGGGUCUGUGAAAAGGGCGAUAUAGCCUAAACUAAGCAGGGUUGGGUAAACUGAUUGCUUGGGUUAUAAAUGGAGGUUCUCGGCGAUUUCCAUAUGGCUCGGACCAUGAUGGAGGGAAAAUGUCUCUACUGAGAAGCCUGGUUUCGGCUCAGCUCAUGUUAACUGUGGAACGCAUGGCGUUCAGUAAGUGGUAGCUAUAAAGAUACAUCUCUAGUCUAAUCAACCAGAGAAAGCGAACUAGAAGGCUUUGAAGACAGUAUAGAGCCUAAGCUAAGUCAGUCUCAUUCUUCAUCUGAUACUAACAUCACCCGAAAAACUAGAGGAAGAAAAAUUUUUAAAUUUGUUAAAAAAGCCAUGUAUAACAUGUCCCACAUCCUGAUCCUUAUUUUUGUACUAAUAUUUAUCAGUCUCAGUUAUGGAGUUGUUUCCAGUUUAUAUUGCCUAUUUUGCCUUAUUUUUAUUUUUAAAGCAAAUGAAGUUAUAAGAAACGAAGAAAGCUGGAAUUCCUAUCUAAAAUAUUUAACUCACCCCCCCAUCCUUGAUCGAACGAUUGACUGUAAAAAAUUCCUAAAAAUUGGGGAAAUUAACCCCCAUCCUUGAUCGAACGAUUUUCAUAUCAUGACAAUUUUUAUAUAUAUAAAAAAAUGUAUUAGUUAUUAAAAGCUUGGGAAGAUGUGCAUAAUGAAGUUGUUUUCAGAGACUUUGAAUCGACACAAAGCUUCGGAAUCAACUAUUCGAAGUGAUUUAGUCAUCAACCUAGGCUUAAAACCUUAAUAAUCUAAUAAAAUACAGAUUUUUUAAAAUUUAAAAAAAAAAAAAUUUAAUUUAAUAAGGAACAAAUUAAAAUUUAUACAGUUUAAAGUAGUAACUAAUAAAUCAAAAUAUUAAAAAUUGGUAUUUUUAUGAAAUUAAUUCAAUUUUUUGCUGUAAAAAUAAUUAUUAAAUACUCUUAACCCUCUUAUUUAAAAGUAAAUAAAAAAAAUAUAUAUAUAUAUUUUUUAUUUUAUAUAUAAAUUUUUUUUUAACCCCAUCCUUGAUCGAACGAUGGCGAGUCGUUCGAUCAAGGAUGGGGGGGAGUAAGGAAUUAUUUCUUAGUCUGCUUAUUAGUUGAUCUUACAUUGCAAAUGAUAUACCAAAUCCCAUCAGCGUAUAUUCAUGAUGAUAAAUUCAGAAAUUGAAUUCUUGCCUUUGGGAUUUUUCGACUUUGAAGUGCAGGAGAAGAUGAUGAGCCUUCAGAUUUAUCUGAAAGAAGAAAUUUAGUAAGGUUUAAAGUGUUUACGUUCGCGUUUUUAUAUAUCAUGUAUCGGAUGAUGAAAAGCCAAGACUAUCAAGACUUCAUGAGGACGCAAAGGCAAAAAAUCUAUGUCCAGUCAAAAAGGAUUGGCUUUGAAAUGGCACAACAUUUUAAUAAUAAGCGUAUAAAGCAUAAUAAGCAGUACCAAGAUAAAAGAAAAAGGUUUGAAAAUGAAAUUAGAAAACUUGAUAUGAAUGUGAGCAAGUGGAAUAAAAAAUUUUAUUUACUCUCCCCUCUGCAAGCGAGCGCUAUUCGGAGGAUUAAUUUUUUUGCAAAAAUCCCAAUUUCAAAAACUGGAAACGAUUUAAUUAAUUAAUUUAAUUUUAAAAUUUAUGUUUUAGAAUACAAGCUGUUUAAAAUUGGAUAGAAAUCAUGAGAGAUUUAAUUAUAAUUAUUAUCAAAAUAUUUUUAUGUGAAAAUAAAAGAUUUUCCACUGGCUUUGCUAGCUCGUAGAGGGAGAGUCAGCUGAGCAGGGCAGAGCUUCUAUAGGAGGCAUUAGAAGCAGAUCAAGAAUGACCUCAACAAAGCUUGCUACAAGCCCAGUUCAGCCUACUUAUUUAGAAAUCGGGACAUCAGAAAUAAAAAGCAUCAAGGUAAAAUUCCAAAACCUGCUCAUUAGCUUGAUUAACCCCAUCCUUUACAAAAAUUACGUUAAAAAAAUAAAAACUCGAAAAAAGAAAAAAAUUUAUAUCAAGCCUAAAUGAAAUAGAGAAGGAGAAGGUCCAUUUGACAGAGAAAAUGAAGAAGAGUGCCUAGACCCACAUUUAGAUGAAAUAAAAGAAGAGGAAGAAGCCAAAGAAAGUGACAUAGAAGAAGAGAAAGAAGGAGAAAAAACACCUGAUGAGGUAAGCCCAAGAGUAUGAGGAAGAACUAAAACGCUUCAAUUUCUUGAAGAUAAAAAUGUAGAAGACUCUGAUGAAGAAGUAAACUUCAGUGAAGAUCAAGCCAAAAAUAAAUCAGAAUAUGACUUAAAGUGGAAGGAUUAUUUUAUUUUAUCUGCCUAUGUUGUGGCCAGCAAUACUCAAGCACUAGUUUAUUUAUUUUUCUUUGUGAACCAUAUAAUUUAUGCCAGCAUGGAAUCUGUGGCCCUGCCAAUUUUUACAAUUGGAUAUAGGGCCUUCCUAUAGAUGGCGCGCAAUGCGCCAUCACCGGGCCAUGUCGGGAGAGGGUUCCACACGAGGAAUGGCUCUACGUGUGGAACCCUCUUUUUGGCUCGUGGAAAGUAGUUUUCUCACAGGUCAAAAAGAGGGUUACACACGUAGAACCAUUCCUCGUGUGGAACCCUCUCCCGACAUGGCUCGGUGAUGGCGUAUUGCGCGCCAUCUAUAGGAAGGCCCUAUAUUCUAUGCUGGAGUAUCCAAGACCUCCUGCCAAAUAUUUCAGAUUUAUGCUGCUAUAUACAGAAACUGUCUUUUUUAUAAAAUUCAGCUUGCAACUAGAUAUAUGAAACUAUAUAUUCGCGAAUGGGAUCCUAGCUAAUUAUCACGAUACUUUAAAAACUGGCUUUAAUUUGACGAAAAAUACUUAUAGUGAAAAUUUGUUUAAUUAUAUUUUAUGAGAUGCCAUGGUUAUGCUUUUUCUUUUGAUUCAUGAAUAUUAUUUACUAACUCCCUCUCCUUGAGAUCAACCAGAUUCUAUAAAGAAUUUUAUAUUAAAAUGGUAUAAAAAUAAUUUUUAAUAAAUAAAAUUUGCAGAUAAUCAAAAUGAAAAGUUUAAUUUAAAAAUUUAUGCCUCCAAAAAUGUGAUUUCCCAAUAAUUUUGCUCUCUUAUAGGGGAAGUAAGAGUUGGCUUAUGAAACCAAACUGAAAUAGGCCUAGAAACUCUUGAAACUGCUAAGUCUAGGUUUUCUAUCGAAGAUGAUGAUUCUUUUAUUAUCGCAGAAGAUUCAGCUCCACGAAUAAUGUCAAGACUAUCCAUUAUCAAUCAAAUUCCAAGGUCUCAAGAAGUUAUAGGAUUUUUCAAAAGACUUUUGCCUCAUAAUAAAGAAGAAAAGCCUGGCGAAGACCUUUAUACCCCAACCAUCAUAAUCCAGCUUGUCAUUUUAUUUUAUCUUAUAUGUUUUUUUGGAAACAUGGACGGAACCAAUGCAAAUAUUUCAAAGGCAUUUAAGUAAAUCUCAUAUAGGGCUAAUCAAUUUCAAGGAAGAAUGGUGGUUGCUUUGAUUUUUCACGUUACACUUAUAUUAUUGGAAAGAUAUUUGUAUUUGGAAAGGACUUCACAAGCACUUAAACUAGCGCUUUAUAAAGCAACUAUGGUAGAUGGCCAAGAGCAGCGAUCUAAUAUGAUUUCUCGAUGGAAUCGGCCACUUAAAGUAAAGCUGACACUCCACAUUUUGCUAUUAUUAACAAUUCACGCACUUGUUUUUUGGUAUUUUCCUAUUAACGGAACUCAAUCUCUUAUAGGGAAACCUACAUGUACAGAUCUAUAUGAUAAAGAAAGGUGUAACAAUUUUCAAAUAAAUGACGCAUUGCAGUGGUUUUAUGUACUUUAUACUAUUUAAUUCCAAUAAAUCAUACUUAUAAUAAUUAGAAAUUAUAUAAAAUUCACUAUAAUACUAUAUAUAUGAUUUAUUUUAUUACUGUUUCCUUGCAAAUUCGAUAUGGAAUGCCAAGCUUCAGAACUGGGUCAUUUCCACUAAUGAGAAGCACAUCAAGACCAAGUAAAAUCUUAUUCCAAAUAUACCGUGGAUUUCCAUUCAUGUUUGAGCUCCGCACCAUUAUUGAUUGAGCCUUCACCCCUACAGCCCUAGACUUAUUCCAAUGGAUAAAAUUCGAAGAAAUCCACGCCCAGCUAUACAUUACACAAUGUAUCCAAAAACGCUAUGCAGAACAUCCACGAGGCGAAAAAAUGGAUUUUUUAUCAAAAUUUGCUAUAGGUGGCUGCGGCUUGUUUUUGAUUUUAAUAGUGAUUUUAACCCCACUUAUCUUGUUUAGCUCUUUAAAUCCCAUUAUAGAACUGAAUAAAGUGAAAACUAUGGGCUUGGAGUUUGGGAUUUUAGUUGAAGACAAUAAUUAUUUUAAAUUAUAUUUAGCAUCAAGAGUAGUUGAUAUUCAUGAUGUUACAGAUACAGAAUGAAACCAAAUGGGCUUGCAGGAUUUAAAAGAAAUUCAAGCCACUGAUAAAGAGCUCACACAAGUAAUUACAAUUCCGACUACAUCAGAUUCAAUAUGAGAUAUCGCACCUCCAAGCAAGCUGCAGCUUUGCAAUUCAUUUGUAGAUGGCUUAGGACCAAAAAACACAAAAAUCAGUAUGCAGCUCAGCUAUACUUUUGUAAGAGAUUUUCCAACAACUCAGCAGAGAACAUAUACAUCUACACAAACAAGCCUUGACAAAGAAGAAAUUACUUAUCUGAAUAGUAUGAUUUGUUUGAACCAUAACCAAACUUUUAUUUACCCUGAUUUAAAGCGCCAAAUUUUUAAACUGCCAAGCACUGGGACGAAAAUUACCCCAGAAGUAUUAUUAGAAGAGCAUCAUACAAGUCAGCUGGUUCUUUCAUUAAUUCCUAUAACAAAUGAAUUUUCUUAUUGGGAAAUGAUUGAUGCGGAUGGGAAAAAUUCAGGAUUGUCAUUUAUUACGAUAUCGGAGUAUUAUUCUCCUGCCACUUUUGAUUUUUCUGUGCUGACGUUUUAUAUUUCAGUAGUUUAUGUGGCGGGGAGGCUGCUUAGAAUGGCACUGUCAGGAGGUGCUCAAAAUAUUGUCUUAACUGAUAUACCAAACUCUGAGCCACUAAUUAAUAUGUGCACUGCAGUCCAUAUUAGCAGAAUGACUGGAGAUUUGUUGAAGGAAGAAGAAAUGUACUAUGAAUUGAUUGAUAUUAUGAGGUCGCCAGAAAUCAUUAAAAUUUUGACAGGAAGGAGUUCGAUAAAAGAAAAAAUUGAUUAA